UGAUUCAGCACCCUCAAAAAGACGUGUAUUUACCAUAAUUUAUUAGAAGAUGGAGUACACUCGCUACCUCCUCUGUUGUCUAGUGCUCUGUCUCUCAAGUGUGCCUGGUGGGUGGUCAGAAGAUCAAGAGAAGGGCAAAGCGCCAGUGACAGAGGGGAAAUUACCGGCAUCAUCUGGAGAUGACACCACCCUCCUCAGUCUCAAGAGCCUGUUGAUAGUUGUUGCCGUGAUUCUGGUGUUGGCAGCUGGGUUCCUGCUCUACCGAUACUGUCGCUCAGCAAGAAAAAAGGGGACUAGAAUGAGGUACACUCGUGUGAAGAAUAGUGCUGGAGGAGAUUUGGAGCGGGUGGCAGAGGACGAGUACCAUGACGACCAGGACGAGGAAGAAACUGUUUAUGAUAAACCAUAAUGUUAUGUUUUCAUCAAUUCUGUGUUUAGUACCAUAUACCUCGCUUGCGCAUGCGCACCGAGGCAUAAAAAUCUAUGGCAUCUUGCAAGAGUGACAUCUUAAAUAUUUCUGUGUUCAUAAAACAUAAUUAUAUCACAUUCAUUGAA